UUUUACAAAAAACGUUUUAAGCUUAGAUUAGGGACUUAAUUGGGUUUACAUUAAAAUUUAUGCUAAGUGGACAACUUCUUGUUCAUAUUAUGGUAUAGGGACAAUAUACUAGUUUUUUUGUUGCAUAUUUCCAAUUUUCCCUAUAUAUUAUUAAGAGAUCUACUUUUUCUCAUAUAUUGAAAUAGAGGAGUAUUUGAUUUUAUAACAUUUUUCCAAGUUUCUACAUAUAUGUGUUCUUGCAAUUUUAGGCCAAUAUGCAGAAGAGUUUCAGAUUCUGUUCAUGUACUUGAUGCUAUUGUGGGUUAUGAUCCAUUGGACGAGGCCACCAAGACCGCUUCUAAGUACAUACCCAAAGGCGGUUACAAGCAAUUUUUGAGAGCUAAUGGCCUCAAGGGUAAGAGAUUAGGCGUUGUGUUUGGUUCUCUUCUUGAUCAUGACAUCAAAACACUAAGACAAGAAGGAGCCAUCGUCAUUGAAAAUUUAACGAUACCAUACACAGAUAGCGGUGAAAUGACAGCACUUUUGGCUGAGUUCAAAAUCUCUCUUAACGCAUAUCUUAAAGCGCUUGUGAAAUCGCCAGUCCGAUCCUUAGCAGACGUUAUUGCCUUCAACAAAAAAAUUGCUAAAAAGGAAAAGGUGAAAGAAUGGGGACAAGAGGUCUUCCUUGAAGCAGAAACAACCAAUGGAAUGGGUGAUAAAGAAAAAGCAGCGUUGCUUACAAUGGAAGAAUUUUCGAGGAAUGGAAUCGAAAAGCUAAUGAAAGAGAACAAGUUAGAUGCGAUAGUGACAUAUGGUUCAACGUUGAGCUCUGUCCUCGCCAUUGGAGGGUAUCCAGGAAUCACCGUCCCUGCAGGAUAUGAUAGUGAAGGAGUGCCGUUUGGGAUUAGCUUUGGAGGAUUGAGAUUCUCAGAGCCAAAGCUCAUUGAGAUUGCUUAUGGCUUCGAACAAGCAACUCUCAUUAGGAAACCACCCAAAUUCAAAGCUUGAGGCACCUGCGAAGUUGAUACUUGGAGAAAAUAUAUAUUUCCUGUGUACAAUUAUUCGGGGACUCUAGGUUGUUUUAAUCUCGGUGUAUUUUGUGGUCCGUUGUUUAGGACUUUUGUUUCCUUCGAUUGGGCUUAGUUUUUCAGGGAGAUAUCUUUGCAAUAUGAAUCAUAUAUCAUUCUAUCCAAAA